UGCCGAAUCUCGAGGGCCGCUCGAGUCGCAAGUCCUAGGCGCUCCCGCCGCCCGGAGUCCGGCGGCCACGAGGCCCCGCCGCGUCCUCCCGCGCUCGCCCUCCCGGAGGCUGCAGCCAUGUCUCGGGGGCCGGAGGAGGUGAACCGGCUCACGGAGAACACGUACCGGAAUGUUAUGGAACAAUUCAAUCCUGGGCUACGAAACUUAAUAAACCUAGGAAAAAAUUAUGAAAAAGCAGUGAAUGCUAUGAUCCUGGCUGGAAAAGCUUACUACGAUGGAGUGGCCAAGAUUGGUGAGAUUGCCACUGGGUCUCCUGUAUCAACAGAACUAGGCCAUGUCCUCAUAGAGAUUUCCAGCACCCACAAGAAACUCAAUGAGACUCUUGAUGAAAAUUUCAAAAAAUUCCAUAAGGAGAUUAUCCAUGAGCUGGAGAAGAAGACAGAGCUUGACGUAAAGUAUAUGAAUGCUACUCUGAAAAGAUAUCAAGCAGAACACAAGAAUAAAUUAGAUUCUUUGGAGAAAUCUCAGGCGGAGUUGAAGAAGAUCAGAAGAAAAAGUCAAGGAGGACGAAAUGCACAGAAAUAUGAAAACAAAGAAACUGAGUAUGUGGAGACUGUUACUUCUCGCCAGAGUGAAAUUCAGAAGUUCAUUGCAGAUGGCUGCAAAGAAGCCCUGCUUGAGGAAAAAAGGCGCUUCUGCUUUCUGGUGGACAAGCACUGUAGCUUUGCCAAUCACAUACACUACUAUCACCGGCAGUCUGCAGAAUUACUUAAUUCCAAGCUGCCUCGGUGGCAGGAAACCUGUUGUGAUGCCACAAAAGUACCAGAGAAAAUCAUGAACAUGAUAGAAGAGAUCAAGACGCCCAUCUCCACCCCAGUGUCCGGGACACCACAGCCUUCACCCAUGAUCGAGAGAAGCAAGAUGAUUGGGAAAGAUUAUGACACUCUUUCUAAAUAUUCACCAAAGAUGCCCCCUGCUCCUCCAAUCAAAGCCUAUACCAGCCCUUUGAUUGAUAUGUUCAAUAACCCUGCAACAGCUGCACAGAGUUCAGAAAAGAUAAGCAACUCAGCAAACACUUCAGAAGAUCCCAGUUUACAAAGAUCGGUUUCUGUUGCCACUGGACUGAACAUGAUGAAGAAGCAAAAAGUGAAGACCAUCUUCCCUCAUACUGCUGGCAAUAACAAGACUUUACUUAGCUUUUCCCAGGGGGACGUUAUCACACUGCUCAUCCCUGAUGAGAAGGACGGCUGGCUCUAUGGAGAGCAUGACACCACCAAAGCGAGGGGCUGGUUCCCAUCAUCAUAUACAAAGUUGCUGGAAGAAAAUGUGAAGGAAGCAGUGUCUGUGCCUACACCAAGCUCUGCACCAGUGAGAAGCAUCAGUACUGUGGACCUGACUGAGAAGAGCAGUGUUACCAUCCCAGAUCCUGACUACCUGGAGUGCCUGAGCAUGGGAGCCACUUCAAACAAGAGAGCAGAUGCUCCCAAGACAGCUACUACUUCUACGUUCAAAGCCCCAGUGUCCAGACCAGAUGCCACACCCACGUCUCCUAGUGAUGCAAAUGGGACUGCAAAGCCACCAUUCCUCAGUGGAGAGAACCCCUUCGCUACUGUGAAACUCCGGCCAACAGUGACAAAUGACCGAUCAGCACCAAUCAUUCGAUGAAGAUGGAAAGAAUCCUGCUAGUCCCUCUACCUGAGUUCUCACCUGCAAGAUGAUAGGUUGCUAAACGGGUGCAGGCACUGUAGAAGUUUCAGAGGGUGUGCCUGAUUUCAAUGAACCCCACUUGAGCAAAUCAAUUUUCUCAGUUUAAGAGAACUGGAUUUAUACUUUUUGUCUUUAAGGUAAAUGAGUAGCUUAGUGAACAGAUCAAUCAUUUGAAAUAUUUCCUUCCUUUUCUAUUCAAAAAGCAGUAAAUUUGGUUCAAGUUCUUUUAAUUUUUAUUUUUAAGAAAAUAGCCAGAAUAAGGGAUAGUCUUAUCUAUGCUUUUGUGCCUGGCUUUCUGUAGCUGAAUGCAAAAAGACCAGAGUUUUAUUUUAUAAAGCCUGUGCUUUUAAGUAGCAUUAUGAUGCUCAUCUAAGGAAAAUAUGUAAGUUUGCAUCAGAGUGCAAAUAUAGUAAGCAAUAUAAAUUAUAAAGCUAUAUUAAAUAUAAUUUUUAAAUGACCUAAUUUUAACCUUUUUGAUUAAACAAAUGUGUAACAAUUGAGAAUUCCAAUCUCAAUUGACAGGCAUUGCUGCAGAAUGCUGAGACAGUCUACCCACCUCAUUGGCACUUAUAAAAUUAUCUCCAGAAGCUACUAAGUUCAGUGGUUAACAGCAAGGGUCUGUGCACAUCUCUAAAGCUUGGUGACACAUCUGAGGGUCAAGUUUCUCCAUUUUUCAAUCAGGUACUGGCCUGUAAAUGGCACUUGUGAAGCCUGGUGAAUGGUGGUCAGGAGGGCCAGGGCACUAUUGCAGCCUGACACUGUCUCACACUCAAGACUUCUAGCUGAGACCAACAGUUCAGGUCACUGCACAGAGUCCAGGAUCAGAGUCUAUCCCUACCUGCCCAAGACGUAGACCUAUUCUGGAAUGGCAACUAAAAUCCACAUCCAGGCAAGUCACUAUGGACAGGAGCUUGCUGCUUACCAGAUUCUUGAAUCUCAUAUAAAUCAUUUUUCCCAAGCUGGAAAUUGGGUUUGUGUAUAUAUGAAACUUCAGUCUUUCCAGCUAGGCCAAGCAGUGCCCGGCUCACAUGGAAGGACAAACCUGCUGGCCCCCAUGAAGGGCAAGUGGUUGGGCCUGCCCAUGUCAACACCCUCCCUAGAUCACAAAGUGAGGGUCAUGCCCUGUGGUAUCUCUGUGUUAGGCAGGUAUCCCAGCCUGAUGGGGAAAAGGCCAGAUUUCAAACACAGUCCCUAUGAUCAACACUUAAGUAAAGGUUAAGGUAGAAAGCCCUGUGUUUUCACCAAUAGAGAACAAGCCAAGUGUGGCUUUUGGAUAUUUAAAGAAGGGAGUGCACUGAGAACUCACACCCUUCCUCCGAGGUGUGCUCUCCCUCACAGGGUCACUUACCUUGGGACUCACGCCCCAGCUCUGCAAACAGCAAGGGGAUAUGGUUUCAUGCUGAUAAUAAAGGAGAGUCUGAAACACAUGUUCUGAGCCAUAAGUGAUACCUUAGGACUAGAAGAUAGCCACGGGUGG